GCGAGCAUCAGUAUUACCCGCCAAACUUUCCCGCCAAUAGUUUCCCGCCAAAAGCAUCGUUCGUAUUGAUCUCUUUCUAUCUUCCUCCUACUUCAAUAGAAGAAAUCGAAACCGUGGGAGAUUGGCUCUUCACUCUCUUUUUCCUUCUCUCCUCCAAUCCAACCCAAACGAAACCCUAACGUGCCUCAGCUUGAGCGAAGAUGUCAGGGUGGGACGAAGGAGCCGUCUACUACAGCGACCAAGCGCUCGCCGGAGACGACGGUGCCGGCGCCCGUGGGGAGGCCGGCACCGAUUCGAACCACUCCCUCCUCCAGAAAUUCAAGGAGUUCAUCCGAAACUUCGAGACCGCCAACAACGUCUUCCCUUACAGAGAGAGCCUACUCCACAACCCUAAGUUCCUUCUAGUUGAUAUGGGAGAUCUCGACACGUUCGACUCCGACCUUCCUGCAAAAAUCCGCUCUUCCCCCGCCGAUAUUUUGCCCCUGUUCGAAACGGCAGCGGCGCAGGUUCUCGUGAGUUUGAAGACCAAGGUUGCUGGAGAUACUGGAGCCAUGGAGGAUCCUAUUCCCGGUGAUGUUCAGAUUUUGCUCACCUCCAAGGAGGAUCCGAUUUCCAUGAGAUCGCUUGGGGCUCAGUACAUAUCGAGACUUGUUAAAAUCGCCGGGAUUACUAUUGCUGCCUCCAGGACUAAGGCAAAGGCCACUUAUGUUACCCUGAUAUGUAAAAACUGUAAGAAGGGGAAGCAGGUUCCAUGUCGGCCAGGACUUGGAGGAGCCAUUGUUCCUCGAUCCUGUGAUCAUGUUCCUCAGCCUGGAGAAGAGCCUUGCCCAAUUGAUCCCUGGCUUGUGGUCCCUGACAAGAGCAGAUAUGUUGACCAACAAACUUUGAAGCUGCAGGAAAAUCCAGAGGACGUUCCACCUGGAGAGCUUCCUAGAAACCUGCUUCUCUCUGUUGAUCGUCAUCUGGUUCAGACAGUAGUACCUGGCGCAAGAUUGUCAAUCAUGGGAAUUUAUAGUGUCUACCAGGCUUCUAACUCUUCUACAUCCCACAAAGGAGCUGUUGCAGUUAGACAGCCUUAUAUUAGGGUUGUAGGCAUAGAAGAAACAAACGAGACCCAGUCUCGUGGUCCAGCUGCAUAUACACAAGACGAGAUAGAAGAAUUUAAAAAAUUUGCUGCCGAACCUGAUGCGUAUAAAAAUAUCUGCUCCAAAAUUGCUCCAUCUAUAUUUGGUCACGAUGAUGUCAAAAAGGCUGUAGCCUGUCUUCUUUUUGGAGGGUCAAGAAAGCAUUUGCCCGAUGGAGUCCGGUUAAGAGGUGACAUCAACGUGUUGCUUCUGGGUGAUCCAUCUACAGCUAAGUCACAGUUUCUGAAGUUUGUUGAAAAGACUGCUCCUAUUGCUGUUUAUACUUCUGGGAAAGGUUCAUCAGCUGCUGGCCUUACAGCUUCUGUAAUACAGGAUAGCAGUACGCGUGAGUUUUAUCUUGAAGGAGGAGCCAUGGUCUUGGCUGAUGGAGGUGUUGUAUGUAUUGAUGAAUUUGAUAAAAUGAGACCAGAAGAUAGAGUUGCUAUUCAUGAAGCCAUGGAACAGCAAACAAUAUCCAUUGCCAAAGCGGGAAUAACAACUGUUCUUAACUCACGAACUUCAGUACUUGCGGCUGCCAACCCUCCAUCUGGACGUUAUGAUGAUCUCAAGACUGCACAGGAUAACAUUGACUUGCAGACUACUAUUCUUUCUCGGUUUGACUUGAUUUUUAUUGUGAAAGAUGUCAGAAUGUACAGUCAAGACAAGAUAAUUGCUAAUCAUAUCAUAAAGGUCCAUGCAUCGGCUGGACGGGCUGGUGCAUUGAUGGGUGAGAGCAAAACUUCUAAAGAAGAGAACUGGCUGAAGAGGUAUUUACAAUAUUGCCGAAAUGAAUGCCACCCUCGCCUAUCCGAAUCUGCAACUACAUUAUUGCAGAAUCAUUAUGUGAAAAUCAGACAGGAUAUGAGGAAACAAUCCAAUGAAACUGGAGAAGCUGCAGCAAUACCGAUAACUGUAAGGCAGCUGGAAGCAAUUGUUAGGUUGAGCGAAUCACUUGCAAAGAUGAAGCUAUCUCAUCUUGCUACUGAGGAAAAUGUGCAAGAAGCAGUAAGGCUUUUUACUGUGUCCACAAUGGAUGCAGCUAAGUCCGGGAUAAACCAACAAAUAAAUCUUACACCUGAUAUGGCAAAUGAAAUAAAGCAAGCUGAAACUCAGAUAAAGAGAAGAAUUGGGAUUGGAAACCACAUAUCAGAAAGGAGGCUGAUUGAUGACCUUAGCAGAAUGGGGAUGAAUGAGUCUAUCGUGAGAAGAGCUCUUAUAAUCAUGCACCAGAGGGACGAAAUAGAGUACAAGAGAGAAAGACGUGUUGUAUUUAGGAAGGCAUGAUAUAUCUAUUUCUCGACACGAGUGAGUUGUAUGCAAAAUGCAAAGGUUCGGUAUUAGGCAAGCCGCCAUUGAUUGCCGAUAACUCUGAUUCAAUAUGUAUGGUAAUGAUAUUUUUAAAUAAUGUAUAUCAACAUUUAAGAAAUACUAGUUGGUAAUUUAGCGUAAGCAAGUAUAACAAGGAAAAGUAGUGGCUGACACUU